UCGCUCCUCCCAAAUACAAACACAAACACAGCUUAAUUCAGUAUUAAAAGCGCGGCAAGGCAGUACGACCGGUAAAUUGAAUCGGUGAUUUUGCAGGCUGCCGCCAUGGACUAAUCGUUAGGGCUUCUGUUUAACCUUUGAAUGUCAAAAGUAUUUCAGAAAUCAGAAGAUAUUUAAUUCAGUAUUAAACAAGAGUUUAUUAAGAUGGAGUCGGAGGUGAUAGAAGCGGAGUUAGUGUUGCCGAUCCACCUGAAUUUCAAACGAAUUCAAAUGUACGAGAAGUAUCCUAAAGGCCAAUCUAGAGGCAGGCACUGGAAACAUUUGAAGCAGAUUCUUCAAGCCGAGAACUAUCACAAUUACUCCCCUGAUGAACCCAACUAUGUUAAUAUUGAGUCACCUCCCUCAAUGCAUCCAUGCAAGAGAAUUUGUGAUAUAACAGGAUAUGAGGCACCAUACUAUGAUCCUAGGACUACUCUUCGAUAUGCAAAUGCUGAUAUUUUCAAGGUCAUAAGAUCACUUCCUAAUGAGUACGUCCAGAGGUAUUUGGCCAUGAGAAAUGCAGCGGUAGUUUUAAGAUGGCUGCAAGAUCACGCCACCUUAUCCAAAUUUCAAGAAAUGAGUCAUCAUUCCAUUUUAUUAGUUGUAUUGACAACAUAGGCAAAUUGAAGUUGGCUGAAAUCGAACUUCAGGAUGGAACUAAGAUUUCUAAAGAAAUCAAAUCACAUAUGAUUUGAUCUUUUAUCAUAUGAGAAAGAAUGGUAUAAGUUUCAAUACGAAACUGCAUAGGAGAAGAUUAUUCAUUACGUAUCACAACAGAAAUCAUGAGGGCGGAUUGGAGUCAAUACGAGCUGACAGAUAAGAUCAUGAGAAGGCUCAAUUAGUCAAAGCCAUAUUUGAAACUUCUUAACAUUCCUUACUAACCGACUACAUUGUCUAACAAUUAAUAGGUAGAGUUGACAAGUAUAUCCUAACC